GAUGUGGGCUGUUGGAGACUCCAGGGGGGCAGCAGGGUAUGUGUGUAUGAGUGUGUGUUUAAGGCUAGUCGAGCAGCAGGGGAACUUGAAAACUUCACUGCUUUCAGCGAGGGAGAUCUGUGAUCGGAGGGGUCAGCGAUUGGGAGCUGAAUCGGUUGCUUACAGUCCAGCUGUGAUCGACAGAGGAAGACCGGUCCAGUUCUCAACAUUGGAACGAUUUCCGGCCAACAUGGAUGAUUUAGAUGCUUUGUUGGCGGACCUUGAGUCCACAACAUCCCACAUUUCCAAGCGUCCGCUCUUCCUGUCUGACGAGAGCGCCUACUCCUUCCCUGUUGGUGGUCAGACCAAGCAAGACCUCUGCUCUCCGCCCCAAGUCCCACCCACUCCCUCUGAGCUAAACGGACUUGAUGAAACAGAGUCCUUCAGCUCAGCUCAGAGAAGUCCCUGGUCUAGAGAUAGCAGCAGUCCAACUCAACCCAUUGGUGAAGAGGACCACGUAUACAGUUUCCCUAAUAAGCAGAAGAGUAGUGAGUCAUCAGCCAUGAACUCAUCCUUGGGCAGCAACCUGUCUGAGCUGGACCGCCUGCUUUUGGAGCUUAACGCUGUCCAGCAAAGCACUCCUGCCUUCCCCACAGAAGAAGAAGCAGCUCCCCCGCUGCCUGCCAGCAGCGUCAUCCACCAUGUCCAGGAGAAUGGAGUCUCUACUGUAGGCAAGGCUGCUCCACCUGUAUUAGAGAAGCCCAAACGCAGUAUGGCAGCUCGGGGAAUAGAGGAUGUACGACCAAGUGUAGAGAGCCUUCUGGAUGAGCUGGAAAGUUCUGUGCCCUCACCCAUUCCGACACCAUUGAUUGUGUCAGUUGGACAAACCGAUGGACAGGAGGAAACACCAGCACAGCAGCAAGCCAGAAUGUCUGCCUCCUCUGCCACACGAGAGCUGGAUGAGCUAAUGGCCUCCCUGUCUGACUUCAAAGUCCAAAGCAAUUCUGGUUCUCAGUUGUCUCUGAAUCAGGAAGCUGUAGACCCUUCCUUGGUAGCUGGUUCCCCACGAACCUCCCAAUCUAUUGAUCCUAGUAUUGGUUCAGUGGAUACUCUUCUACCUUCUAGUUACACUACUCCUUCCUGUACCCCUCUUCCAUUCGAACUCCAUAUAGAUGAAGAUGGUUGUUCAGCCCCUACGUCUUCAGAUGGUUCCACUGUAGUCAAUGCAUCGUCCAAGAGCCUUCAGUACUCCCAGGUCCAACAGAUAGAUGAUGGUAGCAGUGUCACCUCUGAGAUCUUUCAUGUGGAGAGCCUCAGUAUCUCCAGUAACACAAAGCCUGCUAGUCAAGCUGAAGUCAACAGCCCUACAUAUAUGUCAAUCACUAACGCUAGUAAAGUCUCAAGUACACUUGGAAAGAGCUUAAGCCCAGUUACUGUUGGCAGAAGUUUUAGUCCAGUAGUUGUUUCCAAGAGCCCUAGUCCUGUUACUGUGUCUAUAAACUCCAGUCCCAUUCUUAGAUCCAAUAGUCCUAGUCCACCUGAUCUUAAAUGCUCCAAUCUAAAUCAGUCUUACAAGAACCCAAGCCCAAUCCCUAAAAGCUACAGUCUUGUUCCUAUAAAUCAUAGUCCAGAAGCUGCAAAGAAUGCUAGUCCAGUCACAGAUACAAGGCUUUCAAGUCCAGUUCCAAAAAGUGUGAGUCCAGUGACAGUCCCUAAUCUCUCUAGUGCAGUAAUUGUCCCAAAGAAUUCGAGUCCAGAAACAGUUCCCAAGAGUGCUAGUCCAGUUUCACUUCCAAGACUUUCAAGUCCAGUUCCAAAGAUUGCAAGCCCUGUGACAGUGCCUGAUAUCUCUAGUUCAGCAAGUAUACCCAAGAGUUCUAGUCCUGAAACAUUGCCAAUGACUGCUUGCUCAGUAACACUCCCAAGGAUUUUAAGUCCAGUGACAGUUCCAAAGAGUGGAACUGCAAGUCCUAAAAGUCCUGCCUCAGUCAUCAGAAAAAAUUACACAGUUUUCAGCACCAGCACUCCCAGAGCUUCACCAGUUUUAUUUGCCGAUGUACCAUCAAAUAGCCCGUUUCCCCCUCUUACAGAAAAGCAGGGAGGUGAAAUGCUGGAUUUAACAUGGCCGUGUCGGGAGCCUUUAUUAGAUGAUGCUUUAGGCAAACUCUUAGCCCCCGACUACACCCAACCGAGUGAGAACCAGGCACCUGCUUCCAUUAUGCUCGGAGAUGAAGACAGGUCUUGGGAGGAGGAAGACGGAAUUUACCCUGAUCUCAGUCGAGAGGGAACCCUGACACCCAUGACUGAGUCCAGCUGGAUGGAUGAGUGUUUCACCCCCUCCACCUGCCCCGGGACACCAGAUGCAACGCUGGACCUUCCCACUCAGCAGCCCUCUGCUGUCGAGCGACUAUCUGCUUCUGGCCAACUCAAGUCGGUUAUCCGCCGCACCAAAGAGACCUCCAACGUGCAUCCAAUGUUCAGGGAGGGAAUGUUAAGGCGUAAAAUGGGACCGGUCAUUGUGAAUAAGAGCAACUCGCAAGACCGACUCAUUGAGGAGCUACAGGGGAAACUGGGAAUUGGGCGAGUGGAGCGCAAGCGUAAGCAACAGCCAGAUGAUUGGAUGACAGAGGGAGUCAUCGUCAUGUCCAACCCACAGCGAACACGGGAAGAAAGGGUCCAGCCAUCUGUGGAUAAGAUCAUCAUCCCUCCAGAAUCACCUGCCCCACAGAGAAAAGUCCUCCCCCCUCCGCAAUCUCCCCCAGCACCCAAAAAGCCAUCCCAAGUCAAGCAUACUCCUCCACCACUACCUCCUCCGCCUCCGACCCCUCCCCCUCCCCCUCCUCGAGAACCUACCCCUCCUCGAGAACCUACCCCUCCUCCCCCCAAGGAACCUAGUCCUCCCCCUAGGGAACCCACGCCUCCCCUUGUGCAGCCCCCUCCAUCACCUAGUCCCCCUCCCAAGCCUGUCACGCCACCUCCCCCUCCCAAGGUCUUUGUAUCAGUGGGUUGUCAGACCGAGUAUGACCCCAUCUUCCCACCAAUGCAGAUCCAGUCCCAGGGAAAGACUUCUCCCACGGGUCCCCCCAAACCAGCCAACAAGCUGGACAACAUGCUGGGAAGCCUGCAGUCCGACCUCAACAGACUCGGGGUCCAGACGGUGGCUAAAGGUGUCUGCGGAGCCUGCAAGAAACCUAUUGUUGGACAGGUGGUGACUGCCAUGGGCAGAACGUGGCACCCCGAGCACUUUGUGUGCACCCACUGCCAGGAGGAGAUAGGCUCCAGGAACUUCUUUGAGCGUGAGGGGCAGCCUUACUGUGAGAAAGACUACCAUAGCCUGUUCUCACCACGAUGCCACUACUGUAAUGGACCCAUACUGGAUAGAGUAGUGACUGCUUUGGACAAGACUUGGCAUCCAGAGCACUUCUUCUGUGCCCAGUGUGGAGCCUUUUUCGGACCAGAAGGUUUCCAUGAGAAGGAUGGAAAGGCGUUCUGCAGGAAGGACUACUUUGACAUGUUUGCCCCUAAAUGUGGUGGCUGUGCCCGCGCCAUCCUGGAGAACUACAUCUCUGCUCUCAACUCACUCUGGCACCCUGAAUGCUUCGUCUGCAGGGAGUGCUUCACCCCAUUCAUAAACGGCAGCUUCUUUGACCACGAGGGCCAGCCGUACUGUGAGGCGCACUACCACGAGCAGCGUGGCUCGCUGUGCUCCGGCUGCCAGAAGCCCAUCACCGGUCGCUGCAUCACAGCAAUGGGCAAGAAGUUCCACCCAGAGCACUUUGUGUGCGCCUUCUGCCUCAAGCAGCUUAACAAAGGCACCUUCAAGGAGCAGAACGACAAGCCCUACUGCCAGGGCUGCUUUGUUAAACUCUUCAGUUAGACUGUGGGAUUGUGUAUAAAUGUGUGUGUGCACGCCUCUACACAUUUAUUUACAUGUCUGAAUGCACGUGUGGAUGUGGGUGCACUCACAUGUCUAGCAUGUAUGAGUCAGUGAAGUAGUUUUUGAGAAUGAGGGCGUUGGUGUGCUAGUGAAUCACAUCAUUAGGGUGAGAAAGGUCUUCUUCUAUUGACCGUUCCCUGGCUGUCCAACCUAUCAGGCUUGGCAUUUCAUACUUUUGCUGAAGAAAUUUUUAACAGAGCCCAAAGAGAUUUUCAUUUAGAGUUUUUCUCCUGUGUGCAGCAAAGAAAACACGCUAAUUUACCCAUAUGUGUGUGCAUAUGUGAGCAUAUGGGCAUCAAAUUAAGAUUUCCUCAGAGCCUUUAUUUGUAAAUGCAGGGCAAGAUCCUAUGGUGGUUUUAUGCAGAUAUAAGACAGCUGCUUGAUUGCAUGGACCAUUGACUUAAACAGUUUUGAGAAUAUGUUGAGUGUUGAAUACAUAGUGCUUGGCCAAUGAGUGUUGGAAUAAUCUAUGAAAAAUAUGUAUUUUUGUAGCUUUGAAAACUUAAAAAUAACCAUGAUAUAUGUACACACACACACACACACACACACACACACACACACACACACACACACACACACACACACACACACACACACACACACACACACACACACACAGACAGAACUUCUCCUUCACUUCUUUAAAAUACCAGUUCAAACUCUGCACACUCCAACCACAGAUCUCUUGAUGAGACCGUCUUAAAGUGCAUUUUACAGGUGUCUGCAAGAUAUUAGCUAGUCCUUAUUUUUCUACUAUUUUACUAUGAAAAUAAACCCAGAUGUUUUCUCAGUUUCACCAAACAUUACACUCACAUUUCUGCUCUUGUACGUUGAUUAUUUCCCACUGGGAGUGAAAUCAAACUUUAGAAAGUCACUAUAUAGAACUUUUGUAGCAACUUGGAACUUCAUUUUUACUUUCCUACUGCAAAGUGUGUACUAUGGCAUUUUACAUAAAUACUGUUGAAAUAAAAUGAAACGGUUGCGAUUGAUGAUGGCAAAAAGUAGGUCUUUAAGAAUAACAUAUGUACUAUGGUUAUUAAUGUUGAAUUUAUGGUGCAAUUUAAAACAAGCCAAAACAAAGUUGAUUGUCUUUACUCCAGAUUAAAAGUGGAGAUUUUCCUGCUCUAUUUACCCACACAGAAUAAAUUCAGAAGAAUUCAAUUCAGAACAAAUGAUGCUUCAGUUUAACAUCUUUUUCAUAUGUUACUAUUGCUACUAUUGUGAAUUUAUCACUGUAUUUAAUCUAUUAAUAAGGCUGGUGCAACAUUUAAAAUAUGGUUGUGCUUUUGGAUUAGAAGCAUGUUUUCUUUUACAUGGAGUUAUAUCAGCACUAGCUGCCAGUUGCUGUUACAAUCAGAAUCUAAAUUUGUACACCUGUAAUAUGCUCGACUUUGUGACCGAACUGUGUUUUGUCACUGUUUGAUGGAAAUAUAUAUAUUUUUGAGCUGUUUGGGCUCACACUGAUAUGCAAAGAGCUGGCUCUAAUGACAUGUAGGCUAACAAUAGUUGAUCCUGUUCUCACACACAACACGUACCAGCUUUGAUUCCAGUGUGUCAGGAAGUGCAGCCCUCUUUAUUUUUAUUAUGAGUCAUAAACUAUGAUCCUGCUGUCUGAGUUGAUGUCAGCACUUGGCUCACUGAUGGAAGCUGGAUGUUGGUGUUAGCUGGUCAGGAAUCAGUAUACAACACCAAGCCAGGCCAAGCAUCUAGCAACAUUUAUGUAAUGACUAAUUUCAACUUUAUUUUACUUGUAGCUCUGUUUUGUCACAUAUGAGACAAAGUGAUUUUUGAUUUGACAAUAUUGCUCGUCUUUAAUUUGAUCACUAUGUGUGCACCUAGUGAAUACACAGUAUCCACAUUGUUUUUACUUUGAGAAAAUGUUUGCUUCUGUGCCAAAUGUGUCAAUGCAAUAAGGUCUUAUACACUGUGGAGUUCUCAACUUUUUCCUGUGAUUUGACUCUUUAUGUGCUGAACUCUAGGAGAGGCUUCGUCUGCUGUGGUGCAUCUUAACUCCGAACACCCAAAAGUUUACACUGUAAUAGACGAGCCCAGGAGAGUCAUUCAGCAGACAGUAUAGUGUACACUUGUAGCUGUUUCAGAUUUACAGAAAGUAGCAGGGGUAAAUGAACAGAUGUGACUUUAUUUUGCCCCAUGUAUAUUUAUCUGCUUACAGUAUAUUGCCUUAUAGUUUUUGCUUCUGUCAAAGAAUUUGUAAAAAAUAAAAUCAAAGCCUUUUACCGUUAAUGAGAUAACGUGAACUUUUGCUUUGUAAAUGGAGACAUUCAUGUGAGCUUUCACGAUUUGAAUAUUUUCAUGAUCCACAAAUUUGACUGACUGUGUGGGUGGGGUGUAUGUGGGUCCUGAUUACUGACUGAUUAUAACUGCUGCAAAUAAAAUAAGAACUUUAUUUCUGCCAUUG